CUGACGAACAACGUUGGCGGAAGUGGGUUCGGUGCGGACUGGAGGAGCGGGCGAGUACGGCGGGCUCAGCAAGGGUAUAAUUGGCGGCGUCAGGCGGAACCGGCCGCGUUCGGCCGGCGCUCUCCCACCCACCUCCCGCCGGGCGUUCGACCCCCCAUCAGUCCCGGCUUGAGCCGCCAUGUCGCUGUUGCAGUCGGCGUUGGAGUUCUUGGCCGGGCCCGGCUCUUUAGGAGCCGCCAGCCGGGAUCAAAACGAUUUCGUGGGGCAGGUGGUGGAGAUGGGCGACAUGAAGCUGCGGAUCAAGAAGGUCAUCGCCGAAGGUGGCUUCGCUUUUGUAUACGAAGCUCAGGAUCUUGGAAGUGGGAAGGAUUAUGCUUUAAAGAGAUUAUUGUCCAAUGAAGAGGAAAAGAACAAAGCUAUCAUUCAAGAAGUCUGCUUCAUGAAAAAACUAUCUGGACACCCAAACAUUGUCCAGUUCUGUUCUGCUGCCUCCAUUGGAAAAGAAGAAUCGGAUACUGGGCAAGGAGAGUUUCUUCUGCUCACAGAACUUUGUAAAGGGCAGCUGGUGGAAUUUUUAAAGAAAGUGGAAUCUAAAGGCCCCCUUUCGUGUGAUACAGUUUUGAAGAUAUUUUAUCAGACUUGCCGUGCUGUGCAACAUAUGCACAAACAGAAGCCCCCUAUUAUCCACAGAGAUUUAAAGAUUGAAAAUACUCUGAUAAGUAAUCAAGGAACAAUUAAAUUGUGUGAUUUUGGUAGUGCAACAGUUGUGACACAUUAUCCUGAUUAUAGCUGGUCUGCACAAAGACGGGCAACUGUUGAAGAUGAGGUCACAAGGAACACUACGCCAAUGUAUAGAACUCCUGAAAUUAUAGAUCUGUAUUCAAACUUCCCAAUUGACGAAAAGCAAGAUAUCUGGGCCUUGGGUUGCAUCCUCUACUUGUUGUGCUUUAGACAACACCCAUUUGAAGAUGGAGCUAAGCUUCGAAUAGUCAAUGGAAAAUACUCCAUCCCACAGAAUGACACAAAAUAUACUGUGUUUCAUGAUCUUAUACGUUCUGCUUUGAGGGUGAACCCAGAAGAGAGGCUAUCCAUCACUGAGCUUGUCAAUCAGCUGCAGGAGAUUGCAGCUGCUAGAAAUGUGAAUCCAAAGUCCCCUAUCACAGAGCUUCUUGAACAAAAUGGGGGCUACGGGAAUUAUGCUCAGCCUAAGACAUCUUUAGCCUUGGUGCCACAGAACUCAAAACCUGCUGGUCAGCUUAACAAUAUAUAUAAUGCAGGGCUGAUAGUGGCAGAAUGUGACCAGUCUGCUGGUGGGUUUUUUGAUAUCCUUCGAGGUGGGACCGAAAGAUUUUUCACAAAUAUCAAAGAUACAUCUUCGAAAGUUAUUCAGUCUGUAGCCAAUUACGCAAAAGGAGAUUUGGAUAUAUCAUACAUUACAUCCAGAAUUGCUGUGAUGUCAUUUCCAGCGGAAGGUGUUGAGUCUGCUAUAAAAAAUAACAUUGAAGAUGUGCGGCUGUUUCUGGACUCAAAACAUCCCGGACGCUAUGCUGUCUACAAUCUGUCUCCGAGAUCAUAUCGGCCUUCCAGAUUUCACAAUAGGGUAUCUGAAUGUGGUUGGCCGACAAGGCGUACGCCAAACCUUCAAAACCUUUAUAGCAUCUGUAAGAACAUGCAUUCAUGGCUGAAGCAAGAUCCCAAGAAUGUUUGCAUUGUGCACUGCCUUGACGGAAGAGCAGCAUCUGCAGUCGUAGUCUGUUCUUUCUUAUGUUUCUGUCGCCUCUUCACCACAGCUGAAGCUGCUGUUUAUAUGUUUAGUAUGAAACGUUGUCCUCCCGGCAUUUGGCCAUCGCAUAAGAGAUAUAUUGAAUAUAUGUGUGACAUGAUGGCGGAUGAGCCCAUUAUUCCUCACAGCAAGCCAAUCCUUAUAAAGUCAAUCAUCAUGACUCCAGUUCCUCUCUUCAGCAAGCAGCGCAAUGGCUGUAGGCCUUUCUGUGAAGUUUAUGUUGGAGAUGAAAGAAUAACCACUACCUCACAAGAAUAUGAUAAAAUGAAGGAUUUCAAAAUGGAAGAUGGGAAAGCAGUCAUCCCAUUAGGCGUCACCGUCCAAGGAGAUGUCCUCAUUGUGAUAUAUCAUGCCAGAUCCACUUUAGGUGGCAGACUCCAAGCCAAGAUGGCAUCAAUGAAGAUGUUCCAGAUCCAGUUUCAUACAGGAUUUGUACCUCGCAAUGCCACUACUGUCAAAUUUGCAAAAUACGAUCUGGAUGCCUGUGAUAUUCAAGAGAAGUAUCCUGACUUGUUUCAAGUGAACCUAGAAGUAGAAGUAGAGCCACGAAAUAAGCCCAUCAUGGAACGCGCUCCCUGGGAUAACUUGAACAUCAAAGGUCUAAAUCCCAAGAUCCUUUUUUCCAGCCGCGAAGAACAGCAAGAGAUUUUAUCGAAAUUUGGUAAGCCUGAACUGCCUAGGCAGCCGGGAUCAACUGCCCAAUACGAAGCAGAAGCCUCAACAUCAGAAGCCUCUUCUGAAGGUCCACCUGUGGAGCCAGACUCUCCAGAGAGUGGCAGUGCGGAGGCAAACUUCUUUCAUACACUCGACUGGCAAGAAGGAAAUCAAUCUGAAGCUGCUCCUGAAGGUUCCUUUUCUCAAGAGAGUCUUGAUCACAUUGAGGAAGAGAAGGAGAAUGAACCUUCCAAUGAGGAAUUCUCCGCAUUCCCCGAUGACGUUAGACUUUCUGAGGAUAGAGAGAUGCACCUCCUGGAACAGAAAGAUGGCAAGCCCUUUUUUGAAGCUGGCUUUGAUAUACCAACUGCUCAGUCAGAAGAGGCUCCUGAAGAAGACAGCAUUGACUUGCUUGGGCUGGAUUCAGACGCUGCUCCUGAACUGCUCCAACCUCCGACGGAGAUGAGGAGUUCUUCCAGCAAUGCCGACUUGCUGAAUGGACUCUUUGUUGGUAGCACUCCAGAAAUUUCAGAAGAUUCAACUGCAGACCUCCUGGGUGGAGGAGCAGACUUCUUUUUUGGUGGCCAGCCCCAGGCCUCAGCAAAUUCCCAGAGCAACAGUUCCUCAGCAACAGCCGCUACCUCUUCUACAGCUGACCAGUUUGACCCAUUCACAGUCAAUGCAGAAAGUCCAACUCUUACCGGUCCUGAUCUCUUUGGUGACUUUCUUAGUUCAAAUGCACCAACUGUACCUGCUAUGUUUCCUUCCACACACAGUGCACCGCCUCCUUCCUCUAGCACAGACUUCCUUAAUUUGGGCAAUUUGGCCCCAGAACCACCUAAAAUAACUUCCUCAGCAAGCCAGCCAGACCUUUUAGGUGGCUGGGAUUCUUGGACUGACAGCACUGUCCCAACAGCGCCUAAGAAAUCAACUUUGGAAGGCCCAGCUUUCACAUCAGGAGGGCCAGCGAGUGGCUCCUUGGGUCAUUCCUCCAAUCAAGCAAAAUCACAGAAUCUGGACCCUUUUGCUGACCUUGCAAACUUGAGAAGUGGCCUUCCAGGAACAUCUAGUGGAGGAUUCUCAGCUGGCAGUUUUGCGCCCAAGUCAGCUCAAAAAUCAGCGGGGACUCAGUGGCAAACAAGCAAGCCACAAACCACCAGCACUUCAUGGCAACCUUCACCCCAGCCCAAACCUCCGGAACAAGCCAAGUUGGGCACACAACCCAAACCCAACUACACUGUGAAUUUUAGUGUAAUCGGAGGGCGGGAGGAGAGAGGUAUCCGAGCCCCUGGCUUUGGACACAAACCCAAAGUUUCAGAAAAUGAUUUUGAAGACCUUUUGUCAAAUCAAGGCUUUUCAGCAAAGUAUGACAAAAAAGGACCCAGAACCAUUGCUGAGAUGAGAAAGCAAGAACUAUCUAAAGAUAUGGACCCUCUAAAAUUAAAGCUUCUAGAUUGGAUUGAUGGAAAAGAGAGGAAUAUAAGAGCUUUAUUAUCUACUCUUCACACUGUGCUUUGGGAAGGUGAAACCAAAUGGAAGCCAGUUGGGAUGGCAGACCUGGUUACCCCUGACCAGGUCAAAAAGUACUAUAGAAAAGCAGUGCUUGUCGUUCAUCCAGAUAAGGCUACAGGGCAGCCCUAUGAGCAGUAUGCCAAAAUGAUCUUCAUGGAGCUGAACGAUGCGUGGUCAGAAUUUGAAAACCAAGGCUCGAAAUCCCUUUUUUAACAGAAAGUCCCUCUUGCAAGGGAAUUGAUUUCAAAAUGCAUUGGCAGCAGAAUUGAAUCUCCAGUGCUGUAGUGUAACCUCCUUAGUUGGAGGAGGGAGGCGAAACAACUUUCCCUGUUCUUGCAUAAUUUAAAACUGUACACACAGCCACACAGUGUGUAUUGUAGGAGAUAAAAUGUGAAACUUCGCAAAGAUGGCAUUCCCAUCAGUGCUGGGAAGUUUGUGUGGUGGAAAUGGCAAGUUUCAGGCUAUGUUAGAGAAGGUUGAAUGCACCAGUAAUUCUAAUAAUGGCUGCUGGCGUGAGCAAAAUUUUGCUAGUGGGAACAUCAUCUGUUUUGAAUCUCGAUUUUUUUU